AUGCCUCACUCAUUCGGUCUCAGAGCUCGUACUCGUCACCUUUUCUCCCGUGACUUCCGUACCAAGGGUCCCGUCAAGAUCUCGACCUACCUCAAGGUCUACAAAGUCGGAGACAUUGUUGACAUCAAGGCCAAUGGUGCUAUUCAAAAGGGUAUGCCCCACAAGUACUACCACGGAAAGACUGGUGUCGUUUACAAUGUCACAAAGUCAUCUGUUGGUGUGAUUUGCCACAAGAUUGUUGGUAACCGCUACCUCGAGAAACGUGUCAACCUCCGUGUUGAGCACAUUAAGCACUCCAACUGCCGUCUCGAUUUCCUGCAGCGUGUUAAACGCAACGCUCAGCUCAAGAAGGAAGCCAGAAUCGAAGGAAAGGUUGUCUGUUUGAAGCGUCUUCCCGCUCAGCCCCGUGGUGCUCGCUAUGUCACUUCCAAGGACAAUGCUCCCAUUACCAUCAGCCCUGUUGCCUAUGAAGCUCUUGUUUAA